GGAUAGAUAGAACCGAAAGCCAAAAACCAGACAACUGCGUAUAAAGACAGUCUUUGACAAAUCGGACAGGUCCCAAUCAAAAAACGGAGUAUAAAAGAAGCUCCGCUAAUAGCGGACAAAAGAUCUAGUCAUCGGUCAUCAGUCUCCCAACUCGCAUAUGAUAUGGAAGCCAUUCUUCGCUGGUUUGAAGGUCUCUCUUCAUCAUCUUCUUCUUCUUCCGCUGAUCACCGUGCUAUUUCACAAAGCGACGUCGUUCAACAGCCACCAUCAUCGGCAAGUACUGAUGAGCAGCAGGAGGAGGAGUUGAUAAUCACGGUGGAGUUGGACAUGAGUGGGUUGAAGCCCAUCAAGGUGCCUGAAAGGACCAAUCACAGACUGGCCUCUAUGGGCCAUCAUAAGAAUAUGCUUGACAAAGAAUUUUUCACAGAAUAUGGUGAGGCAAGUCAAUAUGAAAUUCAAGAAGUGAUUGGGAAAGGUAGCUAUGGUGUUGUUGCAUCCGCAGUUGAUACUCACACUGGUGAGAAAGUAGCUAUUAAGAAGAUCAAUGAUGUCUUUGAGCAUGUCUCCGAUGCCACAAGAAUUUUAAGAGAAAUUAAGCUCCUUCGGCUGCUACAUCACCCUGAUAUUGUAGAAAUAAAGCAUAUAAUGCUACCCCCUUGCAGACGAGAAUUUAAGGAUAUAUAUGUUGUAUUUGAGUUGAUGGAAUCUGACCUUCAUCAAGUUAUAAAGGCAAAUGAUGAUCUCAGUCCCGAGCAUUACCAAUUUUUCUUGUACCAGCUUCUUCGAGCUCUGAAGUAUAUACAUACAGCAAAUGUUUUCCAUCGAGAUUUAAAGCCAAAAAAUAUACUUGCUAAUUCAGACUGCAAACUGAAAAUUUGUGACUUUGGGCUUGCUCGUGCAGCAUUUAGUGACGCUCCAUCUACCAUUUUUUGGACUGAUUAUGUGGCAACUCGAUGGUACCGUGCUCCUGAACUCUGUGGUUCCUUUUUCUCCAAGUACACCCCUGCUAUUGAUAUCUGGAGCAUAGGGUGCAUAUUUGCAGAAAUGCUAACAGGAAAACCGUUGUUUCCUGGGAAAAAUGUUGUACAUCAAUUGGAUCUCAUUACCGAUUUACUCGGCACUCCUACUGCUGAAUCUAUUUCAAGGAUUCGGAACGAGAAGGCCAGAAGGUAUUUAAGUAGCAUGAAGAAAAAGAAAUCAGUUCCUCUCUCGCAAAAAAUCCCAAAUGCAGAUCCAUUGGCUCUUCGUUUACUUGAGCGUUUGCUUGCAUUUGAUCCUAGAGAUCGUCUUUCUGCUGAAGAGGCACUAGCAGACCCGUAUUUUCAUGGAUUGGCAAAUGUGAACCAGGAACCAUCUAAACAACCCAUUUCAAAGCUCGAGUUUGAGUUUGAAAGGAGUAAAUUGACAAAAGAUGAUGUAAGAGAGCUAAUUUACAGAGAGAUUUUAGAGUAUCAUCCGAAGAUGCUGCAAGAUUACCUUCAAGGGUCAGAUAAUAUUGGCUUCAUGUAUCCAAGUGGGGUUGAUCGGUUUAGACGACAAUUUGCCCAUCUUGAGGCACACUACAGUAAAGGUGAAAGAAGCACUGCACUUCAAAGGAAGCAUGCUUCGUUACCAAGGGAACGAGUAUGCAUGUCCCAGGAUGAGGCUGCGGAGCAAAAUGGUAAUGCUAAAAAGAGUGCUGCAGCUUCAGUGGGUCGUGCAGCUAUUCACAGCCCUCCAAGGUCCAAGGGGUUUGAAGUAGCAGAAUCUGUUUGUGAAAAUGGAUCAACCAUACCGAAUGGCCUCAGUAAGCCAAACUAUAGUCCCAACAGUCUGUUGAAGAGUGCUAGCAUUAGUGCCUCUAAGUGCGUGGCUGCGAACAGACAGUACUGUGAGCAGGAAGAUAGAACGGCAGAGCGAAACGACGAGAUGAUCAAUGUCGUUGCAUAGAGGAUAGCAGCAGCAUCAGCAUAUCACUGGUAUUAUACUACUGAUAAGAUAGCCUACGAGGGCAUGGCUUCAUUUUGUUGCUGGGCCUAAAGCCAUUUUGUGUGUGUGUGGAUAAUUUAUGACAUUUGCCACCGAAUGUUGGUUUUUCUUUUUUGCUUAAGGCGAGAAGGCAUAUACCACUCACUUUGGCUGUUAUACUCUUUGUAAACCUAUAUCAUGAUUUGUUCUUAAACCUAUAUUAGUUUAUAUCUGAGAGCGGUUAAGUACCUUGACUUUGCUUCA